AUCGGCUAAGCGAGGACGAGGUAGACGAAAAUGGGAGUCGCUGCGAAAAUCGCACCCUCAAUGCUAUCCUCAGAUUUUGCUAAUUUAGCUUCGGAGGCCGAACGAAUGCUUAAAUUUGGUGCGGAUUGGCUUCACAUGGAUAUUAUGGUAAGGCAUUUUGUCCCAAAUCUGACAAUUGGUGCUCCUGUCAUCGAGAGUUUAAGAAAACAUACGAAGGCAUAUCUUGAUUGCCACCUUAUGGUUACAAAUCCUCUUGAUUAUGUUGAACCCUUGGCAAAAGCUGGUGCUUCAGGCUUUACAUUUCACGUUGAAGUAUCCAAAGACAAUUGGCAGCAGCUAAUCCAAGAAAUUAAGUCAAAGGGCAUGAAGUCAGGGGUAGCGCUAAAACCUGGAACACCCGUUGAAGAAGUUUAUCCUUUGGUAGAAAGUGAAAAUCCUGUGGAAUUGGUCCUUGUAAUGACAGUCGAACCUGGUUUUGGUGGCCAAAAGUUCAUGCCAGAAACGAUGGAUAAGGUACGAAAUUUAAGACAGAAGUACCCAUCUCUUGACAUUGAGGUAGAUGGUGGGUUGGGACCUUCAACCAUAGAUGCAGCAGCUUCAGCUGGGGCAAACUGCAUCGUUGCAGGAAGUUCGGUGUUUGGAGCUCCCGAGCCAUCGGAAGUUAUAUCCAUUCUGAGGAAAAGUGUUGAGGAAGCUCAGCAGAAAUCUUGAUCCUUUAACAAGCUUCGAUAAUCCGCCAUCAAAUCUUGUUUUACUUUUCGCAAUCCAUAUGGGAUAUUUUUAGAUUGACAGAAGUUGAUUUGAUUCAAGUGGUGUCAUUGUAAUCAAAACUACCAUACGGUUUGUGAGCCCCCCAACCCCCACCCAAUAAACCACUAAUAGAAGCAGAGGGAGAACAAGUUGAUUUAUAUUUUGUAUUGGUUUUUGCUUCUGGUGGAAAACUUUAUGUAUACUUCCUAUACAAUAAGAGGAUUUUUGAAUAAAUUACAAAGAGUCGAAGAUA